GAUGAUCCUAUCGAUGACAGGAUAUUAGACCUAUUAAUCCAAAUUAGGUGGUCUCUAGAUGGUCACCUCAAUGGAAUCCCAAUUCGAUUCGAUGACAGAAACAUUUGGAGGGAGAUGGCAAGAAUAUUAAAUGAAGAGCCGGACAUUACGAUCGAGGAUUAUCAGGUCUAUGACAGAGCCAAAUCCCUGAGGACACGAUUUAGAUGCAGG